GUAUGUAAAGCAAGGAGUGCCCUUACAUCAUGAUCUGGGCACAGAGCGGAAAAGGUCGCGCCACAAUUCGAACAGGUAGCCAGUAAACAAACCCCAUACUACUGGAUUAGGUAAGUCGUAGUGUUUGCCGGACCCAUUUGGGAGACGAACCGGAUCUCUUAAUGGACCUCGCGCAUCAAAAUCGCUGUGGCCGACAAAAAUUCGACGCCUCUCCCUCGUAAAAACUCGCAACCGAAAUAAUAUCGGCGUGCGUAUCCGAUCCUCGGGGGCCCCGUCGACCAUCGUUCCAAGACCAGCCAGAGACGGCUUGCCGUAGAUUCACAUUCUAGCCAAGCACCAUUUAAUUUCCUUUUCAUCGCCAUGAACGAAUCGGAACAACCCGUGCCUGCUGCAGCGGCCGAGGUUCGCGCCGGGGAGGCGGGAGAGGCUGGUGUCGCGUCUGGGGUCAGUGAACCAUCGAAUAAGCGUCAGAAGCUCAGCCACAACGCAACCACCGACCAGCGUGAACGCAGGCAUGGCAUUGCACCUAUCAAAUCGGAGUAUCUUAUCUCAUUUGAGGUGCAAGAGGUGGUUGAUGAUGAUGCCGCCGAAGGUAACACUGCUAUUGACGGCGGGAAUGUCACCGAAAAGCCAGAGCAGACAGACAGUGCUGGUGGCAGGAAAGGAAAGAAGAAGCAAAAGGGAGGGCAGAACCACAAUCGUUCAUUCGGCAGUUUCGAAGACUCGCUACGGCUCUGUAACAGCCGUGUCUUGAGCAAUGAAUUCUCCCCCAAGCCGUGCAAAUUUGCCGAGCGGUGCAACAUGUGCCAUGAUAUUCGCGCAUACCUCGCCGAAGGCAGACGGGCGGAUCUGGAAACCAUGAAUGGAAAGUGCCCUGUCUUCGAGGAAUAUGGUCGCUGUCCAUCGGGUUGGAAGUGUCGCUUCGUCAGAAGUCAUUCAAAGGAGAUCGAACACGAAGAUGGCCGAAAAGAACUUGUGCUCAUUCAAGAAGGCCACCAGCCAGAGGUGGAUGAUAGCCAUGAUGCCAGGCCCGGUGUGAUGAACGUCGUAUCAGCCGACAUUAAGUGGGAUCUCGCACGCAAGAAGGUGGUGCUUGACAAAUCCGAGGCUUACACCAAAUGGCUUGACAGGGACUCGCAGAUUACACAUAAAAUCUACAACAGGAAACAAGGCACAGAGGAUGCCCCGGUGGACCCUAACCUCCUCGAAGAACUGAGAGCUCAAUUCGUAGAUCCCCCAUUUAAGGCAUCUGAGAAGCGGAAGAUCUAUUUCGGGCGCGAGACGCCUGUUCUCGCGCCGCUUACGACCCAGGGUAACCUCCCUUUCCGAAGACUUUGCAGUGACCUCGGUGCUCAAAUCACAUACUCGGAAAUGGCAAUGGGUUUGCCCCUGAUUCAGGGACAGAAAGGCGAAUGGGCUCUUAUGAAGGCCCACAAAAGCGAGCUGGCCUCUCCUCGCUUCACGCCCGAGAGCGGCAAGGUCGUCGAGGGUUAUGACAACUCGAAAGAUCUCAAGUGGGGAGCACAAAUAUCUGGCAACCAGGCAUGGGUGGCUAUGAAAGCCGCUGAAGCUUUGACAAGAUACCUACCUCAUCUUCGCGUAAUUGAUCUCAAUUGUGGUUGCCCCAUUGAUCUAGUGUACCAGACUGGAGCUGGCUCUGGUCUCCUCGAUACACCGAACAAGUUGGAGAAGAUGGUUCGAGGCAUGAACGCUGUUUCUGGGGAAGUGCCAAUCACCGUCAAACUGCGGACUGGUGUCCGAGACGGCAGACCCACGGCCCAACGACUCAUCGAGAGACUUGCCUUCGGCAAUGCCGACUUCCGCGAUCGUUUGGGCGCACCUGGAACGGCAGCCAUCACAUUACACGGACGCAGUAGACAGCAGCGAUACACGAAAAAAGCCAAUUGGGAAUACAUCGCAGAGUGUGCGGCGCUAAUCCAAUCCUACAAGGACAAGAAAGACGAUCUCACAGACACGGCCAUGGAGCCUGACAGCAACACACAGGCGAACACAGGGAACGACAAGAUCUACUUCAUCGGAAAUGGCGACUGCUACUCACACGUAGACUACUUCGACCACAUCGACAACGCCAAAGUAGACACGGUCAUGAUCGCGCGAGGCGCCAUGAUCAAGCCAUGGAUCUUUGAGGAGAUCGAAAAGGGACAGUACCUCGACAAGUCGGCGACAGAACGACUCGGCUACGUCGAGAAGUUCGUCCGCUACGGACUGGAAGCAUGGGGCAGCGACGAAGUCGGCCUCGGCCACACGAGACGCUUCCUGCUGGAGUGGCUGAGCUUCACGCACCGAUACAUCCCGCUCGGUCUCCUAGAACAUCUGCCCCCGAACAUCCAAGACCGGCCGCCGAAGUACAGAUGCCGCGACGAUUUGGAGACGCUGCUGGCUAGUAACAACUACAAGGACUGGAUUAAGAUCACUGAGAUGUUCUUAGGUCCUGCGCACCCGAACUUCUCGUUCCAGCCGAAGCACAAAUCACACAGCUACGAUAUCGAUGCCGAGGGUUGAAACCCUUGUACAUAGCAGAGAUAAAGCCAGGUCCAGCUGAAACUCUGGGAGCAGCUGUGCUGGGUUUUGUAUACAUGUAAUUGAAUACCUACAUAUGUACCUACUGUAGGUAGCGAAAAGCAGCAAAUGAACAGAUGUCAAUUACAGGGUGCGUACGAGCGAACAAUACCUACCUAAUAUGUAGGUAGGUAGUGAAUGAAAUGAUCAAAUUGUCCUGCUCCUUGGCGUAGGGUAGUCUGUUCAUGAAUUGGAGAGUACCUACCUAGGUACCUAGUAUUGAGAUUUCGAUCUGAAUUUCAUGUGCAAUAACG